AUGGUGGCUCUUGGCCAAAUGGGGAGGCCUCAGACUGCUAAGAGAGCAAUUGAACAGGUGGAGCAGUGGCUCUCAAAAGACUGGUGGCCAGAAUACUAUGACAGCAAGGCAGGGAGAUAUAUCGGGAAGCAAGCGUGGAAGUACCAGACCUGGAGCAUCUCAGGAUAUCUGGUAGCUAAACUGAUGAUCGAGAACCCAGCCAAUCUUUCACUAAUCUCUCUUGAAGUGGCAGCAGCAUACAUGAUGCAUUACAGACCUUCACACUCAAGUUCAGAUUUGAAUAAGUGGCAAAGUCUGUACUUUUACUCUUUGGCUGCUGAUUAUGGCUUUGAGCCCAAUGCUCUCGACCCUGUGGACAAUUUUAUUCAUGCAGACAUGCAUCCUGGAAAUAUCCCUGUCCGGGUGGCUCAGAGCAAGUCUUCUCGGAAGCGACUCUUCAAAUCAAAGCCUCAUGUCAUUUUCCUGGACUUAGGCACGACUGCUGAACUCUCUAAAAGUGAUAAGAAAAAUUUCAAGGCUGUUGCUCUUCGUGAUGGGUGUACUGCUGCUGAGGGCACACUCAGCCUAUCUAAGCAACACAAGUACCCAGAUCCAAAGCCUUUCAUUGAGGACUACAACAAAAUGGUGCACUUACAUCUAUUCGUGGACUUUGAAAUAGAAACAAGAAUGUUGACUGACUUUGAAGGUGUUGCGAGAAAAAACGAAGUAGGGUUCCGCAUUUGGACUAGCAAAGAGGGUAUUGGGAUGCUAAGGGGUUCUUAUAACUUAGAUGGGUAUGCUUCAAGAAGGGCAUGUCAAAUGGUAAAGCUGCAAUUAAUGGUGUUUUUUGUGUUGCAGUUCCACCAGUACCAGGUUGUUGGGAGAAAGCUCCCUAUGGCAUCUAAUGAGCACCCCAAGAUUUACCAAAUGAAGCUCUGGGCCACAAAUGAGGUUCACGCCAAGUCCAAGUAUUUUAUGAGGAAGCUGAAGAAGGUCAAGAAGAGCAAUGGCCAAGUGCUUGCCAUUAAUGAGUCAAUGUAUUUUUGGGGUGGGGAAGUGGUUCCUUCUCAACUCUCCUCCUGGCAAAAUCCAAUUUUGAUGGGACGUUUGGUUAAAUCCCAAGCAGGGAAUGCAUUCUUUGCCAUAGUUCCCGGACAGGUCCUCUUGGCUUCCCUUGAUGCUAUCAGAGUGGCGAGCGUUGGUCUUCUUCUUAAGAUUGAACUCCAGCUUUUUCUAUGUUUCGGUCUCUCUCUCUCACUGAUCUCUGCUAGGGACUGGAAUGGAUACGCAAGAUACAUCUCCUUCAGUGUUGCUAUUCUUUGA